AUGUUACCUCGGUUGAUUACAUUCGCCCUCGUGAUAUGGGGAGUAAACGCUGCUGUAAAGGAUGGCGUGUACAAAGUCUACCGGUCGGUGCCACAAAACCAAGAUCAGCUUAUAGCACUCACGGAAAUGUAUCGACGGUCUACAGAGUUGGAUGUGAGUUUACAUUACAAUAGUUUACAUUUUUGUUGACUUUCGACAUUUAAUAUUUUGGUACUUUUUUACUUUGUAAAGAAAGUUUUUGUUGUCUUAAGCUUUGUAAAGAAAGUUCUUGCCAUUUUAAGAUUUGUAAAGAAAGUUCUUGCCAUUUCUUGUGUUGCAAAGUAAGUUCUUGCUAUUUUCUGCCUUUGUAAAGAAAACUCAUUUCAUUUUUGUCAUGUAAACAAAGUUAUUGCCGCUUCAAAGCAAGGAAUCAAAUAUUUUGAGUUUUGCAGUCUGCGAGUGGCAAGUUAUACGAUGAAAAGUUUAUUUAUAAAAAACUGUGUUUUUUAGGUAAUAUAUUUUUUAAAAUGUAAAGAAAGUUUUGGCGAAAGAAUUCAUUUUUAAAUUUUCCUUUUUUGUUAACUUUAUAUAAUUUUAAAAAUAAAAUAAAAUUUUCGUAUUUUAGCUCGACUUCUGGAAAGAGCCAACAGACGUCGAUGCUUAUGUCGAUAUCAUGUCACCACCAUCAGCUCAACAGAUGUUGACCGACUACUUCGAAGCUCACGGAAUCGAAUACAAAAUAACGAUUGGCGAUGUCCAGAAGCUGAUCAUUCAGCGAGAAAAAACCGAGCGAAACCCUUGGGCGAAACACAACUUUUCGGAUCCGAUUCUGGCUUCGUUCUUUCGAAAAAGAAUGGCAGAUGACUUUGUCACCACCAACAAGGCCAAGUUCGGAUUUGGUGGGUUUGGUUGGGGUGAAGAUUGUUUGUUGAGGUUGGGAUGGGCUUUUUGGAUUAUGAUAGGUUAGAAAAGUUUAUUUAUGUCAGGAAGGGGGGGGGGUGAGAAAAAGCUGGGCUUGGUAACCUUUUUUUAUGUUUAGUGGGAGCUGUGGCUCAUUAUUUUUUGAACAAUAUAAUAAAAAAUUACAAUUUAUAGGUGACUAUCACUCAUACGACACGAUAACUCAAUGGCUGGACGAAAUUCAACGAUUCUAUCCUAAUCUAGCUCAAACUUUCAUUAUUGGCACGACUUAUGAAGGACGACAGAUCAAGGGAAUAAAGGUGGGUACUUUCUGUAUUAUCAGUUAG